UUAUCCCCCAUCUCAGCCUCAGCCUCAGCCUCAGCCUCAGCCUCAGACUGAGUGGGAUACCAGGGACAUGUUCGAGCUGAUUCCCAAUGUCGGUGGUCAUCAACCACUUCAACCUCAACCUCCGGUCUGGACUUGGGAGGAGAACAAAGCUUUUGAGUCUGUUAUUACCAGUUGUUUUCAGGAUGCUCUACAAAACCACCGGGAGGCAGUGGCUGCUCGUCUCCCCGGCAGGACCCCGGCACAGCUGCAAGAACGCUUUCAGAAGCUGAUAAACGACAUCAGUGCCAUCCAUAACGGUUAUCCUACAAACACUCCUCUCAAUGCAUCUGAUAACAUGACCAUCAUGAUGGAAUACAACCCUCUCUCCAUCCCCAUCAUCAAUCCACCACCAUUACCGCCUUAUUCGACUGAUCAUCAUAACAGGGAGGAGGUACUGCCGGCUGCAGAGGAGGAGGUCGUGCCAACUGCAGAGGAGGAGGCCGCACCAACGAAUUCAGGAUGUCAUUGGACCCUAGAUGAACAUAGAAAUUGUGCCAUAUUCCGAGGUUUUUAAUGGAUGGAGGAGGCUUUGCUUAAAGGAGGAAGAACAUGUAAAUGGUUGCAACAUAUCUAGUUCGAGUUAAUUGUUAGCUAGUUUUGUAAAUCAAUAUAGAUGUAAUUGUGAUUCAUAACAUUUUUAUCAAUAAUAUUUGAUUUUCUAGUUCUCUGGCCUUGAUGGCAAUGCCGAAGAGGACGGUGAACUAGAUUUUAUCAAAAGUCUUGAUGGCUACGCCGAAGGGACUUUUGGUAAAAAAGAUGUAUUUUUAAAAAAUUAUUAGCUUUAAAUGUAUUAAUUAAACAGAUAUAUUAAAAUUUUUUAAAAGUAUUUCAUCCA